AUAUUCUGAAAACAUAGCCGAGUGAGACCUCUGUCUUGAGAAGUAACCGUUUGUGCGUGAGUUUCAGAGGAACGAGACACUUUUGGCUAAGCCGGUCGCUUUGGAUGCUGGCAGGGACAAGGUUCAAACUUUUAUUUUUUGUACCAGCGUCGUUAAGGUAGUUCUCAUUUGGAUGUUGGAACUUCCGGACUGACCCAGAGUUUUCUGCCUGUCGUGUUUUCAUCACUCCGAAGCUCGGCGGUCUGGGAGGAGACAGCAGGUGCUGGAAUGAGCAGAUCCAGGUCCAGCAGGGAUAAAAACGUUGCCCAGCCUCUGGUCAGCAGGACAACACGCAGCUGGGGCUCCCAGACCAAGCACCCUAACCCUGCAGAGCCUGAUGAGUCUCAGCAGAGCUUGUGUAGAAAAAUGCGAAGGAAGAGAACCGCCUCGCCUCUGGGUCAGGACCUCGGUCAGAUAGGUGUGAAUGAACAGGACGUCUUAUAUUCAAGUUGCAGUAAAGAAAAGAAGUCCAGAACCAGCAGUGAUCCUUUACGGGCCACAUCAUCGUCGUCGUCGUCCCAGAGCGGCCUGUCCUCUGUGGCUCUGCUGGUGAAGCGCGGCCGCUGUAAGAAGGUGGUGGUGGUGGCUGGAGCAGGGAUCAGCACGGCUAGUGGCAUUCCAGACUUCAGGACUCCUGGAACGGGCCUCUAUGCUAACCUGGAGAAGUAUAACGUUCCUUACCCAGAAGCCAUUUUCAACAUUGACUACUUCUCCAACGACCCGCAGCCGUUCUUCUCCUUGGCCAAGUUUCUGUAUCCUGGAGGCCACCGGCCCAACUACAUCCAUUACUUCAUCCGCAUGCUUCAUCACAAAGGCCUGCUGCUCCGAGUCUACACCCAGAACAUCGACGGGCUGGAGAAAUUGUGUGGCAUCCCCGAUGAGAAGCUGGUGGAGGCCCACGGUAGCUUCGCCACUGCUUCCUGUCACCUAUGCCACACGCCGUAUCCUUCAGAGGAGGCUAAAUGCGCUAUAAUGAGUGACAACGUUCCCACGUGCUCUUUCUGCGCCGCAACAGUCAAACCAGAUGUUGUGUUCUUUGGAGAGGACCUCCCUCAGAAGUAUUUCCUCCACACUAAAGACUUCCCAAAAGCAGACCUGCUCAUCAUCAUGGGCACAUCUCUAAAGAUUGAGCCGUUUGCCAGUCUGGUGAAUACAGUGGGCUCCUCCGUGCCUCGUCUCCUCCUUAACCGGCACGCCGUGGGCCCCUUUGAGAGGGUCCCCCUGCGGAGGCGGGACCACAUGGAGCUAGGAGAUCUGGCAGAAACCAUCCGAAGGUUUGCAGAAUUCCUCGGCUGGAAUGGUGAAAUAGAAGAAAUGAUGAAGGAUCGGGAAGCGUUGAGCAUCCCUGCACCGGUGAGCAUCUCACCUCAGAAAGAUCAAACCUUUAAUCUGAGCCGAAAAUCUGAAGAAGCAGAACCCGAUUCUGAGACGGACAGCAAGAGCUCAGCCUCGUCUAACGCCAGCAAAUAACUCUUCAAAUGCCCUGCUGGCUCUUCUGUGUUUAUGUAUGUGUAUAUAGAAUAUUUUAUCAAGUUUAAAAAGUGAUUUUUCUAUGUCAAAUGUUUUAAAUCAAUCAAUGCUGUUAUUUAAUAAAGAUUUUUCUAAU